AUGGCUGCCUUCAAACAAGUUUCACAAAUGUCAGCUGUAACCAUCCAAACACACACUUCCAAAAGGCCUUCUUGCAGACUAAUUCAACUGAAUCUAUUGACGAAUCUCGAGAUCUUUUUCAUGGAAGAUCCGAAGACGUUGGAAGAGGGGCGUGGCAAUGGAACAGCUAAUGGCCAUCAGGGCGAGCCCGUUGCAGAGGAGGUUCAUGGAGAGAAGAGCGAUGGCAAUGAGCAGAAGAGCAAGACAGCCACGGAGGAGGAGCCGUUGAGGAAGGGCAAGACGAAGAGGGUUGCGACGUUGGAUGCAUUCAGAGGCCUGACCAUAGUGUUGAUGAUACUCGUGGAUGAUGCUGGAGGGGCGUAUCCACGGAUCGACCACUCGCCUUGGAAUGGCUGCACGUUGGCUGAUUUCGUGCUGCCAUUUUUCCUCUUCAUUGUUGGUGUGUCUAUAGCCCUUGCACUCAAGAGGAUUUCCGAGGUCAAGUAUGCAGUUAAAAAGAUAAUCUUGAGGACUUUGAAGCUCAUUUUUUGGGGAAUUCUGCUUCAAGGAGGGUAUUCCCAUGCACCGUACGAACUUACUUAUGGAGUCGACAUGAAGAAAAUCCGGUGGUGUGGCAUUCUCCAGAGAAUAGCUUUGGUGUACUUCGUUGUGGCCUUGAUCGAGACUCUGACCUCCAAAGCCAGACCAAGCAGUUUGAAACCCGGCCAUUUCUCGAUCUUUGCUGCGUAUAAAUGGCAAUGGGUUGGAGGGAUCGUUGCAUUUACCGUAUACAUGAUCACCACGUUCUCCCUCUAUGUUCCCGACUGGAGUUUCGUGGCUUCUGAGGAGGAUGGCAGAUCUGAAACAUACACAGUAAAAUGUGGGAUGAGAGGGCAUCUCGGCCCAGCCUGCAACGCAGUUGGCUACGUGGAUCGACAGUUCUGGGGCGUCAAUCAUCUCUACACUCAACCCGUUUGGGCAAGAUUAAGGGCCUGCACUUUUAGUUCUCCAGAUUCCGGCCCCUUCCGCGAAGACGCGCCUACUUGGUGUCGUGCUCCAUUUGAGCCAGAAGGGCUUCUGAGCUCGAUUUCAGCCAUUGUUACUGGCACUAUCGGCAUCCAUUAUGGACACGUGCUGAUUCAUUUUAAGGAUAAUGGCGAAAGACUCAAACAGUGGGUAUCGAUGGGAGUUUCGCUACUAAUCGUAGCAUGUGUUCUUCAUUUCACAGAUGCUAUUCCCAUCAACAAGCAGCUGUACAGCUUCAGCUACGUCUGCUUCACAGCCGGUGCAGCAGGCACCGUUUUCUCUGUCUUAUACAUAGUGAUUGAUGUCUAUGGACUGCGAACGCCAUUCUUGUUCCUGGAGUGGAUUGGGAUGAACGCGAUGCUGGUCUUCGUGCUGGCAGCUCAGGGGAUUUUCGCAGCAUUCGUGAACGGAUGGUACUUCAAGAAUCCAGACAGAAAUCUGGUCAAGUGGAUUAUGCAGCAUGUUUUCGUUGAUGUAUGGAAUUCGGAGAGAGUCGGAACAAUUUUGUAUGUAAUAUUUGCUGAAAUCACAUUCUGGUCAGUGGUUUCUGGCAUUCUCCACAAACUAGGCAUAUACUGGAAACUGUAGUGUGUGUGUGUUUUCAAAGUUACAAACUUGCAA